UACCUGACUGAGCCACAACAACCGCCGUCCCAUACUGUAGUUCGAUUGUACGGCGCCACAGCCAAGCCUGCGGCAUGCCGCUCCUCUACCUUAGCUUUCAGCGUUUCCUAGUGCUCUCGCCUCGUGCCGCGUGCCGCUCCGCUAGUCUCGACGCCGCAUUGUGCUUGUCGCGCCACCUUUCCGCCGUUCCGCGGGUCCCUGUCCCCCUCGCCGUCCUUCCGCAUGGCGCGCAUGGUGCAGUGCCCGCGCUGCCGCGCCGUGCUGCAGGAGCCGCCGCCGGGCAACCCGUUUUACAAAUGCGGCAGCUGCAUGACCGUGCUGCAGGCGCGCCACGCCGUGCACGGCGGGGUGCCGCGCCACCCAGUCGGCAUUGACGUCGGGGGUCGCUCGCCCGCCGCCUUCUCCCCGCUCCCCCCUCCACACUCGCGCGCCCCCCUCGUUCCGCGCACCCAUAGCGCGACUCACGAGCGCACUCCCCCGUCCCUCUUCGCGUCGCCGCACGCCACCCCUCCGCGCCCGCCCCAGCUAGCCAAGUCGUUCUCCUACGGCGCUUCUUCCUCCGCACUCCAGAACGUUCUCCCCGCCUCCUCACCCCCCGCCCCCGCUACCCCCUCUCCUCCGCGCAACCCCCUUUCCGCCGGCCCCUCGUCCCUCUCCUCCCGUUCGCGCGUCCUCUCCGCCAAUGCUGCUGGGCGGAGGGGGGGUUCGGGCGCACGGGCAACGCUGUUUGGGCACGAGAUGGCGGAGUGGGGGGAUGAGGAGAGCGGGGAGGGGGAGGGCGCGGAGGAGGACGUGCGCGGGGAGGCAGCAGCAGGGGUGUGGGCGGGGGAGGGGAAAGAAGGGGAGCCGGAGGCAGAGGAGGGCGGUUAUGGUGGGCAGCGAGGCAUGCUCCCCCGCAGGGGGAGUGGGGGGGAUUUCACUGGCGGAGGGGGGCAGCAGUCAUGGGCGCAGGGUGAAGGGCGGGGGGAAGCGGAGGGGCCAGAUUUGGCGGAGGAGGGCAGUGGGGAGUGGGGGCAGGGCGAGGGGGCCGAGGGGGGCGAGGAGUGUGCGCCAGUGGCGGCAGACAGCAGUCCCCCAAACCCCUCCGCUGCCUUUGGCCGCCAGUCCACCCUCCCCCCCCGCCUGCCCCGCUACUCCAGCCCCCUCCAGGCGCCCUCCGCAGCCAGACCAGGGGGUAUGAGGGGCGCGGGAGGAAGGGCAGCAGGCAGGGUGGAUGGCGCACGGGAAGGGGGGAGAGGGGGAACCAUGAGCAUGAACGUGGGGAUGGGCAUGGGCAUGGGCAUGGGCAUGGGUGCAUUCAACAGCGGCAGCAGCGGGGGCCUGUCCCCGCCACCAACAUCAGCACCAUCGGCGUCGUCGCCAGCGCCGUCCAUCUCGCUGCGUCGCCUCUUCUCCCGCCACGCCUCGCCCGCGGCCCAGAGGGAGGAGGGUGGAGCGGUGCAGCUGGCCACUGACGCGGAGGGAGGGAGUCAGCGAGGGGAGCAUGGCGCUGUUGGGUGCGAGACCGAGUGCGAGGGCGACAAGGGCAGCGCGGCAGGUGAUGGUGCUGACGUGGCGGGGGCCUUCACUCGCCAGCACACCGCUCCCCCCCGCUGCGCAGCACCAGGGGAUGGAAGCCGCUCAGGUGGGGAGUUUGAAUCCGAGAGGGAGUGGGAGGCGCAUGCUGACUUGGAUCGGCAGGGCAGCAUGCCUGCCACGAUAGCAGGUGAGGGUGAUGAGGUGGCAGGUGACAAGGCAAGGGAGCAGGAGGGCAGGGGUCGGGAGCGGCGCAACAUCGGAUCGAAGCUCAAGUCGCUGUGGGUGCAGCGCAGCAACCCCAUGAUACAGCGCAGCAGCACUGACUCCAGCCGCACGCCCAGGGCCGGGAUAGGGACGGGCGGCGGGCAAGCGGGGGAGGAGGCGGAGGGAGGGGCGGGCGCUGAGGCAGGCGCGCUGUUCCGGUCGCACACGGCUGAGCGGCGGCCGCGGGGGCAGUCAGAGGGCGUGGAGGCGCGCAGGGAUGAGUGGCAGGGGCAGCAGGCGGACAGCCCUGCCUCGGGGAUGGCAGUGGGCAGCACAGGCAGUGGCGGCGGCAGUGGCAGGGCGGUGGCGCGCCAUGCGUCGACGGCGUUCCACUUCUCCCCCUCCGUGCUCUCGCCCCGCUCCUCCUUCCACCGCUCCCUCUCCGUGCCGCGCCGCCCAGCAGCAGCAGCAGGUGCAGCAGGGAACGGGGAGGGGUGUAACGGCAGUGGCGGGGGGGGUGAGAGUGGAGGAGGGGAGUACCUGGGAGAGGGCGUGCUAGCAGAGACAGCGGCCAGUGCACCUCUCUCCCCCUCGCCCCUCUCCCCCUCGCCCCUCUCCCCCUCGCCCCUCUCCCCCUCACCCCUCUCCCCUGCGCAUGUGAGUGCCAGUCGCCACAUAUCGCGGGGCUCCCAGAGUGCGCGGGAGGUGCGGGGCGGGGCGGGCAUGCUGGGUGGUGCGGGCCAUGCCACGAGCAGUGCCCCUGGCACACCCACACGGCAGAAAACGCGGCUGCAGGCGAGCACGCAGGGAGCAGCGUUUCAGGCAACAGGUACGCAGGCAGCAGCAGGCGACGCAGGGAAGGGUGAAGGGGUAGGGGCAGAGGAUGCGAGGGGCGGCGGCAGGGACGCGGGCGGCGCAGUAGAGGGGAGUGCGGGAUCAGACAGGGGGGAGGGCGGGAAGUCGGGCACAGCAGAGAACAGCCAGUCGGGCGAAAUGGGUGCUGCGAAUGGAGAGAGCAGGGGAGAAGAGGGUGGGGGGGCGGAGGAAGAGGGGGAGGGGCAAGGGGAGGGGAAGGGGCCGGUGAAGGUGACGCGGCGGCAGUAUCUAGAGAUGAGGCGCGCCACACAGGCCGCUGCACAGGCCGCAGCAGCAGCAGGUGGCGGCAUCCCAGCGCCCGCACUGCCCACUCCGCGGUCGCGGUUUGCUGAGGCCCUGCAGAGCCCCCGCCUGCUGCCGGAGUGGCGCGGGGGGGGGAGUGGCGCAGGGGCGAGCAGGGGGGCGGGGAGUGUGCUGGAGAGGCGGAAGUCAGGCCUCAGAGGCAAGGCGUCGACGCAUGGGCUUGCUGACACUGCUGCCAAUGAAGGUGCUGCUGCUGCUGCUGCCAGCACAGGUGGUGCUGGUGACGCUGGUGGUACUGCGAGCAGGGUGCAGGGUGGGGGGGAGCGAAGCAGUAGUGGCGAUGCGGAGGCUGGUGUGGAUGCGGAGGCUGGUGUGGCUGGUGAAGCAGGGAGAGAGGCAGAGGGAGGGGUGGCGGACGAGGGAGGAGCAACAGGUGGAGAGGGGGAGGGGGAGGUGGCGAGGGAGGGGAGGGAGGGGGCUGGAGCAGUGAGUUCCGAGUUGCCGUGUUUGCCACCGCCUGAUGCCCCUCAAGUCGUGCAGUGUGUGCACUGUGCGCAAGCCCUUGCCGUGCCGCCCAUUCCUCGCCGCCGCAAGCCGGGUGCCGUGCAGAAGCUGCGGUGUGGCAGCUGCCUCGAAGUUUCCACCUUUGCCGUCUCGCCACUCCAGCCGCAAUUCCAAUCCCAGCCCCACCAGCCGCCCCUCGCCCCCGCCAACCCCUCCUCACCGUCAGCGUUACCCAACCCACCUACCCACCCCCUCGCCUCCCCCUACCGCUCCCUCUCCUCCCCCCUAGCCCGCCUCCCCCCCGCCCUCCCCUCCAGCCCCCACGGCUCUCCCAGUUCCCCCCUUGCUGCGCCCAGAGCGUCCCCCCAGCCCCCUGUGGGUGUGCCGCGCAGUGCGAGUCAAGGGAGUGGGUCAGGGGGGGGCGUUGGGGGUUGGCAGGGGCAGAGGCAGGGCGUGGGGAGCAGGCGGGGGGACGCAACAAGAGACCUGUCCCCUCUCAGUGUGCCCUCGCCCCGAGUGACCCGGGGCCGAACCCCUACUGCCUGUGCUGCCUCUGCUAGCAGCCCGGGGCCAUCGCCCUUGCGCGGGCAGGCUGGGCUGCAGGCCAGAGGCAGAGCCAGAGUGCUGAAUGGCGGGCACGAGGGAGGGGCGGGGGGAGGCAGGCGGGCAAGCAUGAGUGGUGGGGGGCUGGAGGGAGAGGCAGAGGAGGGCGAUGGGGCACUGGCUGGUGUGGGGUGUUGGAGUGGGGGAGGGGGCAGUGCGGAGUGGAGUGGCGACGGGGGCAGCGACUGGGUGGCGGAGCGGGGGGUGUCGCGCGACUGGGACACGUUUGAGCGCGGCGUGGUGGUGAACGGCGCCCCCAUUGCUGAUGCUGAGGUGCAGCGUGCUGAGCUGCUGGCGGGCCCCAUCGACCCCGGCAACUACUGGUACGACAUCCGAGCUGGCUUCUGGGGAGUUGUCGGUGGGCCGUGCCUUGGCAUUCUGCCGGCGCACAUACCGCAGCUGCGGGAGCCGAUGCGGCGGGACUGUGCAGGGGGGCGCACGCGCGUGGUGGUGAACGGGCGGGAGCUGAGCCAGAGGGACCUGGGCCCGCUGACGCAGCGGGGCAUGCCAGGCGCCCCCCACCGCGUGUACACCCUGGACGCCACCGGGCAGCUCAGAGAUGCCACCUCCAAUGCCCUCGUCUCCCACCUCGGCCACCUCGCCCCCUCGUUAGAGUCGAAGAGGGGCAAUGGUAUGUACCCUCCAUCGUCAGACUGAAGCUGUGUGUCAGAAAUGGAGGCAGGCGUCACGGAGCUGUGACGCAAUCCGAAUGCUCUGUGGCCUCAUGUUGCCGCACUCCUCGCACAUUUGUUCACUUCCAUCAUUGAGGGCUUGCCAGUUAUUGAGCAUCUUUCAAUACCAUUUGUACCGGUACCGUAUCGGUAGCCGGUACUUUAUUACCUGGAAAACAGCUCCCCUGCUGUAUAUUUAAAAUUUAUGUUUUCUAAUUAUGG